AUGAUCUAUCAAUCUGUCAAUUGGCUCGACUCUACCAAAGAAGUCUCUAGUGUUACACUUCCAAACGUCACUUCUGGUGCGGCUACAGGACCUGGUGGCGCAGCACAGAACACUCGACUGCACAUUUUUGCAGUCUCACUUGUCUCAGCAAGUGGUUCAGGAAUCAGUCUUGAAAUACAGCAAGCGCGAUCGACGCAGCUAUGGAUGGAAGGCACAAACAAGACCCAAAUAUUUGAGACUAUCAUUGUGAACACAGGAGAUGAUUGGGUUCUAGCCAAUAACAGCGUCAAAGUUAUUGUCGAAGCUCCUGGCGUAGAAACUGUGCAGCCAGGAGUCAUCAACAGACUUCGCCCUGGAGACAGAGCUAUUGUGCGAGUUGGAGUCGUCAAUGCUAAUGGGACUGAGCCUGGCACUACAGGUGAGGCUACUUUGCGCAUCACGGGUGUUGGUGUGCAGGCAAGCACCACCUUCAACGCAACAUUCGGUAUUGGAACUUAUGAGGCGACAUACGAGAGCAUCUAUACUCAUGAGAGCCCUACUUGGUAUACUGGCGGAAAGUAUGGCAUCUUCAUUCAUUGGGGUGUGUACGCUGUUCCAGGCUGGGGCAACUCUGGCAAGAAAGAGCAAUACGCGGAGUGGUACUGGUGGUACAUGAACCAAGGCAUUGACAGCUCUAACCCUGCGGACUUCUAUCAGUACAACCUUGCAACUUAUGGUCCUGACCACGCCUAUGAUGACUUCAUCCAGAACUUCACUACAGAACACUACGAUCCUAAGGAAUGGGUCGAUCUGUUUGCUGAUGCAGGUGCUCAAUACUUCGUUCAGGUUUCCAAGCACCACGAAGGCUAUGCCUUGUUCGAUAUUCCAAGCAACAUCACUAAGCGAACGAGCGUGGCUCAGGUACCACACAAGAACUUGCUGCAGAUGCUGUUUGAUGCUGCGGAUCAAUACCAGCCUCACCUUCACAAAGCUACUUACUUCUCAUUGCCUGAAUGGUUCCAUCCUGAUUACAAAAAGUACGGAUUUGGCGACUCUACUGGUGCGGCAUGGCCUGGGGGCCUCGCACUAAACCCAUACACCAACCAAACUCUCCCUUACACUGGCUAUGUGCCAGUGGAUGACUUUGUCUCAGAUCUCAUUCUCCCUGAGAUGCAGAUCUUGGCACAGAUGGGUACAGAAAUCAUGUGGUGCGAUAUUGGAGGCCCCAACCUUACCGCCGAGUUCUCAUCCGAGUACUUCAACAACAUGGCAGCACAAGGCAAGCAAGUCCUGAUCAACAACCGCUGCGGUCUCCCAGGUGACUUCGAUACUCCCGAGUAUGCCCGUUACGAAGCCGUCCAAAUGCGAAAGUGGGAGAGCAAUCUAGGAAUGGAUCCUUUUUCUUAUGGCUACAACCGAGCAACCCCAGUUUCUGCAUACAUCACACCCGCAGAGAUUGUCACCUCGUUGAUCGACAUCACGAGCAAGAAUGGUAACUUCCUGCUGGAUAUAGGUCCGCAAGCCAACGGCACAAUCGUCGAUAUAGAACAACAGAAUCUGCGAGCCGCGGGUAAAUGGAUCAAGUCUCAUGGAGAAGCUAUCUUCAACACUACGUAUUGGUUCAUUACGCCUGAAGAAGGAGAUACCAUCCGUUUUACGCAAACUCCUGAUGCGUUUUAUAUCUUGACUUUAUAUCCACCUAAUUCUACAUUGGUUCUGGAUAGCCCUGUUCCUUAUGUCAGUGGCGAUCAAAUCACUGUUGUGGGUGGAAAUAUGAGUGGUAGUGUUGUUCCUUCGAGGUUGUUGGGUAAUGGAAGUUUGGAGCUGACGAUUAGUGAUGCUGUUAUCCAUGGAGAUGAGUAUAGCUGGGUUUUCAAGAUUCCGUUUGGAGCUGUCACAGCAGCGAAUGUGACGUAUACUGGGAGUCCUCCUCCGGCUCAGCAGACUACUAGUGGAGCUAAUAGGUGGUCGUUGGAGUGGAUGAGCUUGGUGCCGUCUGCUUUGCUUGGUCUUCUACUGUGGCUCGAGUAA